ACCUCUCUUCCUUCUCUCCGUGCUCGCGUCUUGGCUAGAAAGUUGUCCUAACAAGACAUCGCAUAAUGUUCUCUGCUGUUCGUCAAGCUUCGCGUUCCGGUUCGUACGCUCUGCGCGCGGUGCGCACGGCGACCUCUGCUGCGCGCCUCGGUCGCCCGACGACGUUCGUCCGCACGCUCAUCACGAAGAAGUACACUGAAGACCAUGAGGCGGUUGUCUAUGAUGACCAGACCCAAAUCGGUACCGUGUCCAUCACGGAUUAUGCCCAGUCAAGUCUCGGAGACGUCGUGUAUGUUGAGCUCCCACAAGAGGGUUCUGAGAUCUCCCAAGGUGAUCAAAUUGGUGCGGUGGAGAGCGUGAAGGCGGCCUCGGAUAUUUUCGCGCCAGUAUCCGGAACGGUCCAGGAAGUCAAUGCCACCCUCAAUGACCAGCCUGGGCUGCUGAACAAGUCCCCUGAGGAGAAGGGCUGGCUGUGCAAAGUCAAGCUAUCGAAUCCCUCUGAGCUGGAGAAGCUGAUGACGGAAGAGGAGUACAAGAAACAUUGCGAGUCGGAUCACUGAAGAGACGGCCAUCCAUUGACUUUCAUAAAUAAUGAGGCGGGCAGUAGUGGCUUGGGUCUCGCAGCCUCAACGCUGCCAGGCAGUGGGCUAGGUCGAGGGAAGAUUUGCGUAGUGAUACUAGACCACCUUAGGACGCGUGCUUCAACGCAGAUAAUGAACGAAUGAUCAUGCAUGCUAUCCCUCCUUGAACGUGUUUCAUAUUCGUACAAUUCUCAAGAGCAAGUUGGAUGGAUUGCAAUCGGCGCCGAUGCAACGAACGACAGCAACAGGAUAGGUCUAGUGUUCGGGCUUCUCGCCACGUGCCUCCAUGCGAGCCUUGGCUUCCUGCAAUGCCCAGGCCUGGAUGCUGGUAUCGGGUUUGUAGUAGAGCAACACCGCCGCCAAACCCAUUGUGCCAUACAUGCCUAGAUACCAAACGUUCUCCCAAGCCUCCUUCUUGCGCUUCUGUCCAGCUGGUAGUGGCUUCUCAGCAAAGAGGUAGCCAGUAGGCUCGUUGUAUUGGGGGCCAUGCCCGUGUGACGCGUACCGUCGGCAGCCAGGCAGGUUGCGGGAUGAGCAGAUCCGCCGUUGCAGCGUUCGUAGUGACGACGGUGAAGGCAUGAAUGAAAGG